AGGAUCACAUCAGUGACGGGAAAACCCGACAGAGAAACGGUUCACGUCGCCCAGAAAAACGCAUUGUUUGCCUAAUAUCUGAAUCGUAUUAUAGUCCAAAGGUAACGGAGUAAGUUAUGCCAGUCUUCAGAGCCCUUAGUAACGUAGCAAAGCAGGCCCUGCUGGCCCCUGCGUGUGGAUGUCAGCCUCUGACUGUAGCGAUCCGCAACAUCAGCUUCUCCCCGCGUCAGGUCACCUCUGGAUCUGAUGCCAGCUUUCAUUCUGUGUCCUUCUCUGAAACGGACCACCCUAAAGUUCUCAUCACAGGUGGUCUUGGGCAACUAGGUGUUGGGCUUGCUAAACUGUUAAGGAAGCGAUUUGGAAAAAACAAUGUGAUCCUCUCGGAUAUCAGGAAACCACCCAGCAACGUCUUUCACAGUGGCCCCUUUAUCUACUCUGAUAUUUUGGACUACAAGAACUUGCGGGAGAUUGUAGUAAACAAUAGAAUCACCUGGUUAGUGCAUUACAGUGCUCUUCUGAGUGCUGUUGGGGAAGCUAACGUGGCACUGGCACGAGCAGUCAAUAUCACUGGACUACACAACAUCCUAGACAUUGCAGCAGAACAUGGGCUUCGGCUCUUUGUGCCCAGUACAAUUGGUGCCUUCGGACCAACUUCACCUCGAAACCCCACUCCUGACCUCUGUGUGCAGAGACCACGCACUAUAUAUGGCGUCUCUAAAGUCCAUGCAGAGCUCAUGGGGGAGUACUACCACCAUCGAUAUGGCCUUGACUUCCGCUGUCUGCGGUACCCUGGCAUCAUCUCUGCAGAUUCACAGCCCGGCGGUGGCACGACAGACUACGCUGUGCAGAUUUUCCACGACGCCGUCAAGACCGGAAAGUUUGAGUGCAACUUGAAGCCAGACACACGGCUGCCCAUGAUGUACAUUGAUGACUGUUUGCGGGCCACGCUGGAGGUGAUGGAGGCACCGGUGGAAUCGCUCAGUAUGCGAACCUACAACAUCAACGCCAUGAGCUUCACACCGGAGGAACUUGCAAAUGAGGUCCAGAAACAGCUGCCUGAUCUUCAGGUCACAUAUGAGAUCGACUCCGUACGACAGGCUAUAGCUGACAGUUGGCCCAUGAACUUUGAUGACUGCAACGCCCGGAAAGACUGGGGCUGGAAGCACGACUAUGAUCUGCCAGAGUUGGUCCAGACAAUGCUUGACUUCAUCGGCUCAGACUCCCGCAUCUCCCAGGCCAACUGAGUCUUCCCAUGAACACUGAAAAUAUGUACAUUUCAUAAAGAUUUAUAGUGAUGCAAAAGAGA